UAUACAAAUAUUUAUUUAUAUAUAAUCAAUUUGGAUAAAAUUCUGAUGGAUUCCGAAUCCGAAUCGUUUGGAGGUGUGGCACAAGCGCAACUCUCUGUAAAUUCCCUCUCACACACACAUAAGUGAAAAUGGCGUCGUUGGUGCCGACCCUUUCUUCAACUAUUUCCCGCCUAAAUCUUCUUCCCAGACCCUCGCUUCAGCACACGCUAAGAGGGCUUAGAAUAUUACCACUGCAUCGAAGACCCAUUUGGUCUCCUCUCAACUCUUCAUUCAAUUGUUUGUCAGCUCAUCUCUCUACUUCAAAUUUCAAUUCCCCCAAACCCUGUAGCGGAAAUUCAGCAAUUAUGGACGAUGAUGAUUUGGUUGUCCUAGGCAUCGAGACAAGCUGCGACGAUACUGCUGCCGCAGUUGUUCGGAGCAAUGGUGAAAUUCUUAGCCAAGUUGUGUCUUCUCAGGCACAUUUGCUUGCCCAAUAUGGUGGAGUUGCUCCUAAAAUGGCAGAAGAAGCACACUCACAAGUGAUUGACCAGGUUGUACAGGAAGCACUUGAUAAAGCUAAUUUAAUCGAGAAGGAUCUUUCUGCAGUUGCCGUCACUAUUGGUCCUGGGUUAAGCCUUUGUCUACGUGUUGGUGUGCAGAAAGCUAGGAAAAUUGCUGGUAGUUUCAAUCUCCCUAUUAUUGGUGUCCAUCACAUGGAAGCUCAUGCUUUAGUAGCCAGAUUAAUUGAGAGAGAUUUGCAGUUUCCUUUCAUGGCCUUGCUCAUUUCAGGAGGACACAAUCUUUUAAUUCUUGCACGUGAUCUUGGUCAAUAUAUACAACUCGGGACUACAAUAGAUGAUGCAAUUGGUGAGGCAUAUGAUAAGACAGCAAAAUGGCUUGGUCUUGAUCUGAGGAGGAGUGGGGGCCCGGCUAUAGAGGAGCUUGCCCAAGAGGGUGAUGCAGGAUCAGUCAAUUUCUCUGUGCCAAUGAAACAACAUAAAGAUUGCAACUUCUCAUAUGCUGGUCUGAAGACUCAAGUGAGAUUGGCAAUUGAAUCCAAAAAUAUAAAUGCCAAAAUUCCCAUUUCUUCAGCGAGCACCCAAGAAAGAAAUUCACGUGCAGAUAUUGCCGCCUCUUUCCAGCGUGUUGCAGUAUUACAUCUAGAGGAAAGGUGUGAACGAGCAAUUGAGUGGGCAUUGGAUAUUGACCCUUCCAUUAAAUAUUUGGUAAUCUCUGGAGGUGUUGCAUCAAAUCAGUAUGUCAGGUCUCGGCUUAAUCAGGUUGUAACAAAGAACGGCCUGCAACUUGUAUGUCCUCCUCCCAGCCUCUGUACUGACAACGGGGUAAUGGUUGCUUGGACUGGUAUUGAGCAAUUCCGUGUGGGAAGAUUUGAUCCUCCACCACCUGCCAAUGAACCUGAAGAUACUAAGGUUGAUCUACGACCAAGGUGGCCACUGGGGGAGGAAUAUGCCAGAGGAAGAAGUGAAGCUCGCUCUUUGAGAACGGCCCGAGUUCAUCCAUCUCUUACAUCUGUCAUUCAGGCAUCUCUACAGCAACAGUCUUAACUGGCUUCGCAAUUGUUUAUAUGGUUAUUUCAUUUGCAAGCAAUACCAUUUCUUUGAAUUAAAUGAUCUCCAGUUGUGGUAAGUCUUGCCAUUUUCACCCUGAAAAAAGUUCAGAUUGGAGAAUAAAAAGAGAUUAGCGAUAACAUUGUCAUUUUAGGAUAAUGCAGUGGCAUCAAGGGAAGGUUCCAUACUCGGUCGUGAAAUCGCAGCCAGUCUUGAAGAUUUACUUGCUGGCAAAGGUAUUCUUUAAAAUGGAUAGAACUCUUUGUAAGAUUUGCUUUUGUUUACUUAUGUUGAAUUAAAAUCUGUACCAUUUUGAUAUAACUCCCACCAUUGAUUGGAUUUGUACCCUUGGAGGGGAUGGUGAUGGUUGGAGUCGCUGGAAUAAGAUGUGCCAUAUUGUUGGAUUUUAUUAUA